AUGGUAGGUCUUCCUUUCGAUUGUGUAGCGAAUCCUCUUGGAGCAGUGAGGCUGACCUUCGAGAAGGCGGUGUCAUCAGGUUCCGAUCCAGAGACCUUCAAUGGUAAGGACUGGGGCGCCAUUGAUCUCUUUCGUGAGUUUCUAUUCGAUAAAGACGGCCUUUCUCAGGUUCCAAUCCUUGAUCCUGACAGUAUCAGGUGGCUUCCACCCAAUUCUCUUGUCCGGUUUAGAGGAAUGGUACAGGAUAUGCUUGGCAACGAGCUUUAUGUUGGUGUGUUCAAGGAUGGCACCACUUGGAGGACUAAUAAGUUCAUGGAUGUUGCUUCAUCUCCCAUGGAUUCCUCGUCUGAAAUGAGAAUCUGGGAACGCCGAGUGCUAUACUGCGUUCCAGUUCCAGGGCAAGCUUCAUGGAUUGAAUCAUCUACUGAAACUGCAAUAAGCAGAUGCCAUAAUUCAACAUUCCAACAUGGAGAAAAACGCCUUAGAGAGGAUGAUGCAGCUAUUGAUCACAUGGAUUCUAAUGUUCUGGAACACGAGUUGAAGGGUUCACCUCCAUCUGCCAAAAAGAUGCGUGAAGGUGAGUUCCCUUGCCAGUCUUCCCAACCGCAAGAAUCAAGUGAAGAAACCUCCCGUUUGUUACACAUGAUGCCGGAAUUUGACAAAAAUUCUCUUCCAUGUAUAAUUAAGGUAUAUGAUUCGCCAGAGUCUGAUUUGAAGUUGAAUGAGAUCUUUGAAUUUAUUGGUGUCUUCACAUAUGAUCCAGAGCUUACAGUUCACAAGGAUAAUUCAGAUGAGAUCUUGAGUGACUUUUGUGAAGAUGCACUGGCUGAUUUGCCUCCUAAUAAGGUACCACGCCUCCAUUGUCUUGUACAUCGAAAACUUGGAGGUCAAGAUUUUCUUCACUGCUCCCCCAUCAUUGAGCCAAUGCCCAAUAUUAUUAGAGGGAUAAGGGAAGCUCUAUUAGGACAUCUUACGUCAAUUCUUGGGAAUGAUGGUGUAGCUGCUCAUUGCAUGUUGUUGCAUCUUCUCUCUAAGGUGCAUACUCGUGUUGAUACAGUUGCAGUGGGAAAGCUAUCAUUAAACCUCACUGGUUUUACGAAAGAAGGCAUAUCUGUUUUCGGCAAUCAGCUUAACCUUGCCAUCCAGAGUCUCCUACCUUUUACGCGAUAUGUGCCUCUAACCUUGGAGUAUCUUAAUGCUGCUUCACUAGCUCCAACAAAAGAUUACCAGACAAACAGGUUGGUUACUGGAGUUUUGCAGCUAGCUGAAGGUACCCAUGUAACCAUUGACGAGACUCAACUGAAAGCGGGGACUCUUAACUCUACUGGGGUUGACAAUGUGAGAUUACUUAAGAAUCUGAUGGAGUGGCAAAAGGUUGAAUAUAAUUUUGAAUACUACAAAGUGGAGAUGAUGGCUGAUGUCCAAUUACUUGUCUUCUCUGAGGGAAAAUCAAACAUCUUGCCUGCUGAUUUAGUCCUACCAUUCCGGCCUUCUGCUGUUGGUUUAUUUGAGAGUUGCAAUGCAGAAGCACUGCAAGUUUGGAGGUGGUACUUGAGUACUGUAAGAUCGUUUCCACAUUCUAUUGAGCCAGAAAUGCAGAAGACAGUAGAAAAUGACCUGGUUGAAGCCAGGCAAGCGGACCGGAGCUUAGGGAGUCAUGAUUUUAGCAGGUUGCUGACAAUGGCCCGAUUAAUGUCAGUCAGCUUUGGCGAAACAUGUCUGUCAUUGGAGCAUUGGCAAAUGGUUAAGGAAUUGGAGAGGCUGAGGCAGGAGAGGCUCAAGGAGAUUAGGGAGUAAUGAUUUUUGCUGCCUUGAGGGUC